AUGGUACUUCUCAGCGCAACUUUUCCAACCUCAUUUAACGCCGUGCAAGACAAGGAGCUAACAUGCACCGUCGUAGACCCUAGACCAGACAAGCUCAUCCUCGGCAUCCACCCCAUACUUCCCAUACUUCCCGGCAUCACGGCCAGCAACCUUCCGAUUCCUCCUUCUGGGACAACCAGCAAGACAAUCCGGUUCUACAUUUUGUACCCUGUGCUCCGCCGACUCGACUGGCGCACGGCCCAUGCGCCUACGCCUGCCACACCUGAGAGCAAGUCCUGGGCCGGAGACACAGCAGACCUGGAAGCAGCAUUCAAUCAAACUCGCGGCCUUAUCGCAAAGAGACCUUGUGCUGGCUGUUCAGGGGGCCGGGGACUCUGGAAGUCCUGUGCUGGGAGACUCGGCAAGAAAAUUAACGGCAUCUGCGCCAAUUGCUGGCAGGCAGGGGAAUUCUGUACCAACUUUAACAAGGCCUCGAACCUCAGCAGAAUGGCCGCUACCCUGCGCCACUGCAACAAACUCAUGACCAACGAGCAAGUCUUCUCAUUUGUCAUAGGAGACAAAAUGCUUGACAGCCUCACCCACUUGAGACGCGCCGAAUAG